AUGUCACAGGAACCCAUACCCCCGUCCCAGACGUCCUUGACCGAAAUACCGCUCUCUGAAACCCGCGAACCGCAAGAUCCUAUGGGCUCCGCACCACCACGGAAAAAACGUAAACAAAGACAGCAAUUCAGUUGUGCAGAGUGUCGAAGGUUAAAGCUCAAGUGCGAUCGACAAGUUCCGUGUGCCAACUGCGUCAGAAGGUCUUGUGGGCAUCUGUGUCCAGAGAGAGAAAGAACCCAAGGCAACAAGGGAUCAGAUGGUCUUUUGUCGCGAUUAGAAACUCUUGAGGGUGUCUUGCAGCAGCAUGGGAUACCGGUACCUACAUCUGAACAGUCCUCUUCUCAAAAUCGCUCUCCAUCUCCGGCUGGCACGUCGUUGUCACGAGCCAACCCGACUCCUCGACCAGUGCCGUCUUCGGAACAAAAUCUUACGACUGAAGUCUCCAAUCGCAGCCCAGACUCACCAAGCGGAACUGGAGCGGCUCUUUCGCAAUUAGCUGAUGCUGCUGUUCAGAUGGACGAAGAAACAUCUCCCGGUCUAGGGAGCUGGACAGCCCCUGUGCAGGCUCCUCCGCAUACGCAUCACGUGCAAUUUGAUUUCAGCACCCCGUCUACAAAGUCAUUGGGGUCUGACCGGACACUGGGACUAUCAGGACGUCCGCCGUCUCCCGGAAAUCACAGUUACGGUACUCUGGUACUCAGUCAGGGUGGCAGGUCCAAAUACCUGGGACCCACGGCAGCAAGCGAAUGGCUCAAGGACCAAGAGUGCAUUGAACCUCUCGAAUCACCUUCCGCAUCCCGUAUGCCCUCGCCUGACCGCCAGGAGGCAUACAGCAUAUCAUCACAAGACGCACCCAUUCAACCAUCAUUCCCGUUUCGAAGCCACCAUCAAUCGAUCGCCAAUCUGCUUGCGAGAUUGCCGACGAUUGAAGAGGGUUCGAUGCUAGUAGACUGCUAUUACCGGUAUUUUGCGUGGCAUUACGACGUUGCGCCUAAAGCAACAUUUCAACCCAUCUUCAACAGGGCGUACCAAAGACCGGCUGGAGGAUCUCGCCACGUGGUGGCUCAAGAGCUCGCCCUCGUGUAUGCAAUUUUAGCUAUGGGUGCUCUGCAUAAUCUGGAAUUUCGACCGAAUGAUCCUUGCGGAGAAACUUAUUACUCUCCACGUUAUGGCACAUUACUUUCUGGAGACUGA